AUGGAGCACAAGGUCAAGAAAAGGGAUCGCGACUCCGCUAGUGGACAUAAUAGGGACGAAGCACCUGCAAAGCGACGCCGGCAACUCAACGGAGAUCAUCAUCAAAAGCUAUCAAAGCUAUACGAAGACUUAGCUGCCGAGUCAGAUGACGUCCGUUUUGAGGCUGCCAAACAGAUCAUUCUCAAAUUCUCACCGGAAUCGAAGCCUCAUGCAAAAGACGUCGAGACGGUGUUGAGUCGUCUCAUCAAGGGACUCUGUAGUCAACGCAAAGCGGCAAGAGUUGGAUUCUCUCUUACCCUGACCGAGCUACUACGAGAGCUCUUCAAGUCGGGGAAAAAUGCAAUCGAAGGCCUAGAUCUAGACGUGAUUUCCCUCAUCAAGCUUGUCGAAGAAAAGACAAAAGUCGAGGGAAAUGUACCAGGACGAGAGCGACGUGACCAUCUCAUUGGCCGACUAUUUGGCUACAAGGCUGUACUGCAAUCGAAAAUUGUCAUUCAGCCCAAUCUUUUACUGGAAUGUUGGACUCAGCUAUUGGACCAUGUCUGUGGAAUGGCACGCGACAUUCCCUGGCUACGAGAAGAAUGUGGUAUGGUCCUGGUUGAGGCGUUGAGGAGUCUGGAUGCUCAAGCUCAGUACCAAAUAUGCGCCCAAGAAGUCCUCUCACGUCUUAGCGCAUUCAAGCUCAUGUCCACGCCCGAAGGAGUCGCCAUAUGGCUUACUGUCCAGGGUAGCUACGAAGAUGCCUUACCCCAGGGCAUUUGGCAUGAGAAAGACCCUUUAUCCAAGAAGGAGCGUUCCCGCUUAGCGAAGAUUCUCAAGGAGAAUUUUAAAAAUGAGACUGAGAAGGGUGUGGGGGAGACCACCAAAUCUGCAUCAGCUAGUCCCAACCCAUCUUUCACGUGGGAUCUAGUGCUGGCCGAAAUGUUGAGAAGAGACGAAGUGAGCCGAAGAGAUGCGCACGAGAAGUCGGAGUUCUCGCAGUUUUGGAUAGACGUAGUGGAUACCAAUCUCUUCGCCUCCACCGCUUCUCACGAACGAAAAGCGUGGGGAUUCAAGUUGUUGAGCACUAUGAUUACGCACAUUCCAGAAUGGGCCAUAUCAGCACUCUUUAGUCCGAACUUGAUGCGCACACUCAUCAACCAGACCAAGAAAGAUGACCGAUUUCUUCAUUCAGCCGCGGUGGCGGCGUUAGGUGCUGUCCAAAGCAGAGUGCAGCACGAUCAGAGUUCAGCUCUUCCAGUGUUUGUUGCACUGACUUCGAAAUACGGUAGCAUUGAUUUCGACAGGGUAACCAAAACAAAAACACUUGAGCAAAUUCUCCUGUCUGCAGACGAUGAGAGCUUACGCAAAUCGGUGCGACAUCUUAAUUCCCUGGUCCUCCGGCCGGAGACUGAGGACCAAGGUAUAGCAGACAGUCGUCGCCAGGUCAUUGCCGAUUUGCUAUUGAACACAGUCAGACAUUAUAAACGAUACGACGAUCUUGACGUGGAUGUCGCUGAGAAGGACAGUUGGCUUCGAAGAAUCUUGGAGCUUUUUAUUGAGUUUGCCUACUUCAUCCCGAGUAAGAGUGUAAAGACGAGUAAAGUGCCUCUGCCCCCGAUCGGCGAACGAAGCAAGGUAAUGUUUCAAGAGCGCUUAUCUUCAUGCUUGACCAAACUCCUCGAUGUCAAGGUUGGGUCUAGAUCCACCUUUGCGAGGAUGGUAGUAGACUUGAUCAAGUCCAAGGCCGCUUCGUCCAAACAUGUAGACCUAGCUUUCAAAGCCGACGCUCCCAUCUUAAAGACAGUUGAAAAGGCACAUCAAACAUUGGAUGCUAUAUUCGCCAAGGGAACAAUUGCUGGGAGCAAAAUGGCUGCAGAAGGAUUUGUUCUGCUUUACGCACUCACUCUUCUUCAAGUUUACAACGGGGAAGGGGACGCUGUCAUGAUGCUCGAUGAUCUCGAUGCAUCACGCAAAGCCAUGUCGAAGAAAAAGGCAGACCCUUCAAGCGAGGAUCAAGACGCAUUUGUGGAGAUAGUACUGUCCUUCCUCGGCAACCCACGAACUUUGUACCGCCGAAUAGGAGGGGAAGCUUUCGCCAUCUUUUCCUCUGAAGUCAGCGCCGACGGUAUCCAGUCUCUUACUGAUAUCCUGGAUACGGAGGAAAACCUAGAGGGACAGAAAGAGUUGUUCAACCAAGGAGACGAGGAUGCUGAGGAAAACCACUCUAGUGACGAGUCGGAUGAUGGCUCAGACGUUGAGAUGAUCGACGGCUCUGGAGAGUCUGAUGAUGAAUCGAGCGACGACGAAGAAGACGAUGACGACGAUAGCGAGGAUGACGCCGAACUAACACAAUUCAACCGUAUGCUAGCCAUAACACUGCAGACGGAGCAACCCAACCUGAAUGGGGACGCUUCCGAAGAAUCCGCAGAGGAGUCAUCCAUGGACGACGAGCAGAUGAUGGCGCUCGACCCACACCUCAGUAAGAUUUUCCAACAGCGUAGUCAGGUUACUAGCAAACAGAAGGAACGUAAGGACGCAAAGCAGAACGUCGUGCAGUUCAAAUUACGGGUACUUGAUCUUCUUGCGAUCUACUUGGAGAAGCAGUACUCCAAUGUACUCACACUUGACGUUCUUCUUCCUGUACUGCGGCAGACCCGAGCCAGUGCCAGCAGUCAGACAGCCGACAAGGCAGCCAAGAUGUUGAGGACGUUCUUUGACUCCCGCACGAAGCAUAAAGCUCCUCUGCCCAGGCCCGAAGAAGUCGAGCCUGUGUGGGAGCUUCUGAAAGCGAUUCAUGAAGAGGCCAAGCUAGGUGGCGGAGCCAAACGACAUGCAGAUGCGUGCAGCAAUGCCAGUCUUUUUGUAGGCAAGGUUCUCGUCGGACUAGACAGGAGUCAUUAUGCUGGGGUGGUGGACGUGUACGCGGAAACACAGAAGAAGUGGUUCUUGGACAAGAAAUCGCGACUGCAGCCAGUGUUGUUCACACAGUUCCAGAACUGGUCUCGUGCCAUAGAGGGACGACCAAAUAAGCCCAAGUCUCAAGACUGGUGCGAGGGCGAGACUCCCCCACCACGUCCAAGGUUGUUGUUGCCUCCCUGCACAAAGCUGCCCCGCCAAAUCGGAUCAGCCUUAGGCAGCUCCGUCAUCCCGCCGCUCAGGAACCGACAGCUUGUAGCAAACUGCAGCCGCCACAACUGUCGACUAACGUGUGAAAAUCUACCAGUCUUCAGCACUGUGAUUCCAGCCUCAACUGGCGCCAUCUGCAAUCUGAUCAUGGCUUGCAAGCACGUAAAUGCAACUGGUAACAACCCCCACAAAGCCCAUUUCCAGCAGCACUGUUGUACUGAACAUAGCUCAGAGCUACGCCCUCCGGGACCGACGCAGUCAGUGUACCGAGAGGACUGUACCCAGUGCUUCGACUCGAUUAAAGCGAAGGACGAGCCUUCCGGCCUCGAUGUUUGCCUAUACUGCUUCAACGGAGGCUGCACGGGCGACCGCAACCACUCAGUCCUCCAUGUCUCCGCGACGAGCCACCCACUUGUUCUCAACAUUAAGCGCACGCGCAAGAAGAUCAGCCGCGACGAACCUCCACAGAAAGUCACGAAGCUAGCCAUUGCAGCCGAGACCGAAUCCGAUCGCUAUGACACUACAACACAGAUCAAGUGUUACGAGUGCGGUAUUGACGAUGUUGACAGGAACGCUGGGAAACUGGCGGGCAUUGUUGACGCUGUCCUCAAGGCGAACACCUUUGCGACGCAGCAGGAGGUCAAGGCCUGGGAGCAGGAGCUGACAGCGUGUGAACACACUCUCUGUCUGGAACAAGACGCUGCAAAGCCGAUCGAGUCACAGAGGCUGGGCCACUGUUCGCAGUGUGAGCUCAAUGAGAAUCUAUGGUUAUGCUUGACUUGUGGGAACCUGGGCUGUGGUCGUCAACAGUUCGGAGGCGUCGGUGGCAACUCACAUGGGGUCGGUCACACCAAGUCGAGUGGCCAUCCCGUGGCAGUCAAGCUCGGAUCUCUCACAGCAGAUGGUACGGCAGAUAUAUAUUGCUACGCCUGCGACGAAGAGCGCAUUGAUCCAGAGCUGCCGAACCACCUCUCCCAUUGGGGAAUCAACAUCAAGGAUCGUGUCAAGACCGAGAAGAGUCUUACUGAGAUGCAGGUGGAACAGAACUUGCGAUGGGACUUUGCCAUGGUCACUGAGGACGGUAAGGAACUUCAACCGCUCUUUGGGCCCGGCUUGACCGGCCUGAAGAACCUAGGCAACAGCUGUUACCUCAAUAGCACGUUGCAAGCGCUCUUCGCAAUGCCGGAGUUCAAGGACCGUUACUAUCUGCCGGAUCAAGAGCCACCAAAUGCACCACUACCUGCCGAAGACCUGGAAACCCAACUACGCAAGCUGGCCGACGGACUGAUAUCUGGCCGAUAUUCAAAACCAGAUAGCGAUGUCUCCGUCUCCGAGCAUAGCCCUGAAGUGCCCCAUCAGCGUGGUCUUGCACCUGCAAUGUUGAAACAUCUAAUAGGACGCGGGCAUUCAGAGUUCUCCACCAUGCGCCAACAGGAUGCCUUCGAGCUCCUAUUGCACUUGCUGAAGUUGAUCUCGCGGUCUCAACAUGUUGCGCCUCACAAGGAUCCUGUGGACGCAUUUCGAUUUGUAAUGGAACAGCGGCUGCAGUGUCUCGGUUGCAAGCGAGUACGAUACAGGACAGACGAGCAAGAAAACAUUUCCAUUCCUGUACCCAUUCGAAGGAUACCAAAUGAGGCGCGCAUGGACGUGACUGAUAGUAGUGGCAAGGAGGCUACGCAAGAUAAAGAGGAAUUCGAGCCAGUCACGUUAAAAGAGUGUCUCGACAUCUUUACCGGAGAGGAGCUGGUGGAAUUGACCUGCGGCGCUUGUGGAAGUAAAGAAGGCUUCAUGAAGAGGAGCAUGUUCAAGACAUUCCCCGCAGUACUUGCUGUCAACGCCCGUCGGUUUGAGCUGGUAAAUUGGGUGCCUACCAAGCAGGACGUUCCGGUCAUCGUGGGCGACGAGCCUUUCUCAUUCGAUGCAUACAAAUCCAACGGUCUUGUGGACGGCGAAGAGCUCCUACCAGAGGACUCAGAUACAGGGGCAGGAUCAUCAUCAAGCAAGUGGGUGCCGAAUGAAGCUGCCCUGUCCAUGCUUGAGGCUAUGGGAUUCCCAAGAGUACGAUGCGAGAAAGCUCUCCACGCAACGGGCAACGAAGAUGCAGAGGCAGCGUCGAACUGGCUAUUUGCACACAUGGAAGAUGCUGAUAUAGAUGACCCUGUUGACUUCAAUCCUGGAUCUGGAGGUAGUGCACCGUCCGUGAUGGAUCCGGAUAAGAUUGAAAGCUUGGGUGCAAUGGGCUUCAAUGCGCCUCAAGCACGCCAGGCACUCAAAGAGACAGGCGGUGACAUGGAGAGAGCCGUAGAUUGGUUGUUCAGUCACCCCGAUGCUCCGGGUGACUUUGAAGAGGGCGGCGGCUCUGAGGCGCCGGUUGAGGCUACAGAAAAGGCCAUGCCUGGUAGUGACAAAAUGCCAGCGCAUUUCCAGCUGCAGUCAAUUGUUUGUCACAAGGGAAGCUCGAUCCACGCAGGUCAUUACGUUGCUUUUGUGCGUAAACAGCUACCAAAUGAGCAGAUGGCAUCUUGGGUUCUCUUCAAUGACGAAAAGGUUGCCAAGGCUGUUGACGUUGAGGAAAUGAAGAAGUUCGCCGGGAGCGGAGUUGCCUCGGGUCAUCACUGGCACGAUUAUGAACAGCAUUAUAGGACGGCGAAGAGGGGUAUAGAAAUCACAACAAGACAGUCACGAAUCACACUCAUGGUAUUCAAGUAG